AUGGAGGCGAUGAGGAGGUGGAGAGCAGGCUGGGGGUAUCCCACCACUCUGCUGUGCAUCUAUGGACUCUUCAGCACAGUUAAACCUCUGGAGCCCUUCAUCAUCCCGUACCUGACAGGACCUGACAAGAACCUGACAACAGAACAGGUGAACAAUCAGAUUUUCCCAGUGUGGACGUACUCCUACCUAUCUGUGCUAGUGCCAGUGUUUCUGCUCACUGAUUGGCUGCGUUAUAAGCCUGUGGUGGUCUUUCAGUGUGUCAGCCUCUUCACCACUACAGCAAUGCUCCUCUGGAUGCAAGGUGUGGCAGCUAUGCAGGCAAUGCAGUUCUUCUACGGCGUGGUGACGGCCUGUGAGGUGGCCUAUUUCUCCUACAUCUACAGUGUGAUAGAUCUGGAGAAGUACCGUAAGGCUACUUCUUACUGCCGCAGUGUCCAGCUGCUGGGGUACACAGUGGGAGCUGUGCUGGGCCAGCUGCUGGUCAGCUUCCACCUCAUGUCUUACUCCAACAUCCUGGUGUUCACGCUGGUCCUCACCGCCAUCGCUCUCGCCACCUCCUGCCUUCUGCCUAUGCCACAGAGUAGCAUGUUCUUCCAUCGCAGACACACUGGAAAGACAAAGGUCACAGAGGAUACAAGGAGGCAUAUAUGCGGGGCUGUGGAUGCAACAGACCAAACAAGCACAUCCAAGAUACCCCAGGAAGAAAUAGGAGGCAGAAAUGAAAAGGGAGAGGAAUGUGGCGGACCAGACGACAACGCAGAGGAGGGAAGGGAUGGCAGAAUGCCCGUGACUAAGGAUCAUGAGGAUUCUGCCCGUGCGGAGGGCUGCUUCCAGGUUCUCUGCUGGCUGUGGAGGGACUUCCUCCAGUGCUACUCCUCCAGACAGCUGCUCUAUUGGUCAGUGUGGUGGGCGCUGGCCACCUGUGGUUACAACCAGACCGUCAACUAUGUACAGGUACUGUGGGAGCAUGUUCAGCCGUCCCAGAACUUCAGCAUCUACAAUGGAGGUGUUGAGGCCGUGUCCAGCCUGUUUGGUGCUGCAGCAGCAUACGGUGUAGGUUUCACGACAGUGAACUGGGAACAUUGGGGAGAGCUGGCUUUAGGAGGUUUCUCUGGGCUGGGGGCAUCAGCACUCUUCCUCAUGACCUUCAUACAAAACAUCUGGGCCUGCUACAUUGGCUACGUCAUUUUCAAGUGCCUGUACAUGAUGCUGAUUACAAUAGCCAUGUUCCAAAUUGCAGCUGACCUGUCAAUGGAAAGGUAUGCACUGGUCUUUGGAGCAAACAACUUUGGAGCUUUAGCCCUACAGACGAUCAUCACCUCUAUUGUGGUUGACAAAGGAGGGUUUGGCCUGGCAAUCAUCCCACAGUUCACCAUAUAUGCCAGCUACUUCUCUUUCAUCGCCAUUAUAUUUUCACUGCGGGGAGUGUUCACCAUGUGGAGAUUACAGAGAAGCAACACAGACUCAACCCCACCAGACAAAAAAACAUCUUCGCCAGACCCGGAUAUCUGCCUUGAACACAGUUUCUGA